UCAAGGUACAUAUAUUGAUGUGAAAAAUAAUAUCAAGUCAGAUCAAUUAUUACUUAUCACCGAGCGAAUGAAGCUGGUAACAUCCUAGAUCCCUAACAACAACUCUAACUUUCAUGAUGUCAAUGGAACGAAAAAAUAGCGGGAAUUGUGUGGUUCACGUUCGUAGUGACUCAGACAACGAUUUGGAUGCGUUAUUUCACGUUGUUCAGAAAACAACCAAGGCUGUGGAGUCUUCAUCCAGCUCGCUGCCAAUGAAGCUGCGUAAACUUCCACCAUCUUUCUUCAAGCAACCGACGCUUCUGGAUCCUACAAAACUAAGUCCCGAUGACAAUACGGGGCUUUCGAUUUCUCAUUCGCGUGCCCACAGUUCGCCGGCUUCUCUGACAAUUCCUACGAGUACAUCUGGACAAGGAUUAUACCCAUUGCACCCGGCACACAGUAGAACGCAAUCUUACGACGGCACUGCGUUCGAAGAAUCACAACUGCCUCCAGGAUGGGAGAUGCGAACUUCGCCAACAGGACAGCCAUACUUCAUGAAUCACUUCGAACAGAUAACGACAUGGCAAGACCCCAGGAAGACUCAAUCGACCACGAAUUUGAACAACUCUAACUCAUUACCCGAUGGUUGGGAACAAGCCAUUACACCAGAGGGAGAGAUCUACUAUAUUAACCAUCUUACUCGGACUACAAGUUGGGUCGAUCCACGGGUCGCUGCAAUACCACAAACCAGACACACCAAUCAGCCUCCUUCCAUUCUCCAAAAUAGACCACAGCCACACAAAGCCAUGCUAGAACGAGUACAACUGGAACAAGAAAAGCUGAAGAAAAGACAGCACCAGCUCCGUGAGCAAGAGAUUUUACUCAAACAUGGCUUAUUGGAGCGAGGCGGUACUAAAUCUCUUCUAGGGAAUUUAGUAAGAGAAAAUAUAGUAAGAGAGGCUUCAGUAGGACAACUACCUACACAACCAGAAAAUACGACACAGAAUGGCCACAUCAGAGACGAAUCGUUCGACUCCGGGCUCGGAAUGAACACUGGAUACGGAACGUUUAUUGCUGAUGUAGAUGAUACUAUGUUUGACGCCAACUUCAAUACGAAAGACUCAACAUGUCGUUCAGGAGAAGGGCGGAAUAACACUGGCAGACUUCCAGACUUCUUCGAUAAUUUGCCUGGGACAAAUGUCGACUUGGGGACGAUCGACAGCAAUGAUUCUACGCCUUCAGCCAUGGAAACCGAUGAUCUAGGUGUAGGACUUGAUUUGCAAACAGAUAUGUUAAGUGAUGUCGAAUCCGUGCUCACUCCCAAUAUGUCCAAGAUCCCAGAUCCAAGUUUCUUAACUUGGUUAUAACUGUGAACUGUGGGUUUUAUCCUUGAGUAGUUCGUAUAUUUUUUCACACAGAAGUAUAUAUUUUUGUAUAUUGAAGUAUUUUCGAGUAUUUUUAUAUUGUAAGUGAAGCUGUUUUUUCUUUUAGCAGUAGUGGUACUGAUAGUACAUUUAGUCCGCUAAAAACAAAUACCUCUGCUCUUGAAGCAAUUUUUGGAGGGAAAAUAAUUAGUUUUUUGUUAGUAAUACUAUCCUGCUUAGGUAGGUUUCUAAAGAAGGAAAAUCUUAUCAGACCGUUGUUUCGCAGCGAAACUCCCAAGUUGACUCUAACCUAACGAGUCGAAUACCAUAUUCACAUAGAAAUAGUAAGAAUUAGAAAGAAUAUCUAAUAGAAAAGUGAUUGAAACUGUAAGGAAACAAUUUCCAAAGCUUAAAACAAGAAGAGAAUACGAAAAAUCAUGGAGUAAAGGUAUCUACUAAUCUAGUAUUAUAUUUCUGCUUCGUAUAUUUGAUCCUUCGCUAACUCCUCCUACGAGUUGAGAGUCAUAGUAAUUCAGUGUUUAUUAAUUGAAAAAUACGCUCAAUAACUGGACAAUCUUGAACGAUAUUAGCUAUAAGGGAAUACAUAUAUAUGUGUAUACUCCCGGGUGGAGAAAAGUUCUCAAAUCUUUAUGUACAUAAGACAGAGUAUUUUGAGCAAAAUUAUUUUUCUGACAUCUUGUUGAUCAAAAGAAGAAUAAGUUCUUUUUAUUUGUUCGGGUUGAAUGAUUCCUUUGAUGCUUUUAUGUUAAUAAGAAUCUCUUAUAAAAGGUCUUACUCGUAUGCUUGCUGCUUGCUUGUAUAAAAAUUAGAUUUUAAUUAACUAGGCGCCCAAUAUAAAGUGAUUGAAUUUAUAAUAACAUAGUCAUGUUUUAACUAAAGUAGCAGCUCUGCUACCAACUUAUCCUUGUAGAUUCGAGGAUUGACUUUCAAUAUUGCAAUAUUUAGAUUUAAAACUUUUUGAAUAAGAAAAAUAGUCCUUUGAAGGUGUAAAAUACUAUUUCUCUAUUUUGCUACAAUUAAAUCUUAACUAUCCUAGAUAACUGGGAGGUUUAAAGCAUAGAAACUUCCCUAUUUUAGUGGUAUAUUUUCAAGUAAAAAGAUAUAUAUUUUUGAUAUAAUAAGUAAUCCAAUUCGUUUGAAUUUUCAGCUUCAAAAUGUAAAGUUGAUAUUUUUGUAAUAAUCAAUGAUAAUAAAAGAAAUGCUACUGAAGAAAUGGAAGCAAAGCGAAAACCUGGAA